AUGACGAUGUUUCCACGCCCUCACUUGCCUUCUUUCCAGGUGACGCUGUUGCCCGACCUGCCACCGACGCAACAGCAUCAGAGAGCGGGUAAGACAACCUCCGCGUCGCCACCACCGUCACUGCCAUUCCCUUCACUCGCGUCCUUACAGAUGCACGACGAGGCUGCCGCCAAGGCCAUGCUGCAUGCUGUCCUUGACAUGGCCUCUGACUACACGAUACCGCAGCGUCGAUUUUGCAGCUACUCUCCCGAGGCAGUGCUGCGCAGUGUGCGAGCCCUUGUCGACAGCGAUCUCUGCGCACUGCUGGUGGAGGCGUUGCAAGCCGCUGUGCGGGCGUACGCGCAACGCUGCGUAGCGGUACUGCUGGCGCAGCAGCAACAGCUAGCGCCCAGCGCCGGCGCUGCGCAAGGAAUGACCAAUAGCGACCCGGAGAGCGACGAGGAGGCCAAGACGAUGGCGACGAACGCGGGACUGGGUGAGGUUCAAAUUCUGGCCCAGCUCGUCACCUACUGGGAGCGACUACAGGAGGGCAUGAUGGAGCUGUCGUCCGUGUGGGUCUAUGCAGACCAGUGGUGCUCGACUCAAGUCGGGAGCGCAAUGCCACGCUCCCUCACCGCUGCCGCCACACAAGUGAUUCGUGAGGUUCUCAGCGACUACCCGGGGCUCUGUGAGACUGCGCUGGCAGGGUACGUGACUGUGCUGAGGGCGGAGCUAACGGCCGACACGGAGGCGCUUCUCUCGGCGUCACGCUCUGUGUGCAUACCCAAUCCGGCAACGCUGCUGGACACGCGUGCAGUAGCUUCCUCUGCGAGUGCGAUGCGGUCGGUAUCUUCCGCACCACCUCUACCGAGUGUGGAGGCAACUCCGCUCGUUGUGCUCGCGUGCCCGCCUUCUCUCACCUCCCUUGACAAACCUCUUCGACAGCGCCUGUUACGUCUCUUUACUCAGCUCACCCUUGCCACACAGCACUACACAGCUCAGGUGGAGCCGACAGUGGUGCGCGUUGUGCGAAGUCACUACGAGAAGGUUGCGCGCCGCUUGUGGGCUGAUAAUGUCAACGCACGAGUGUUUUUCAGGUUCUGCGAUGGUGUCCUCAAGUACAUCGGGCCGAUGUCGGUGUCCUUGCUUCACUCUGGCACGACACUAGUGCUGGAGGAGGCGAUUCAGGGGUCGUUGAUUAGCAUGGUGGGUAGCGAGGUACUUAAGCGCGACUUUGCUGCCCUCAUGGAGCGGCAGGAAUACCGCUCGCUGCGGUUGGCGUGGCGACUGCUGUCUGCCAGUGCGCGGGUGCGCAGCUCUCCGCUUGUCGCUGGGCUAUUCCAUGAGUACCUCAUUGACUGCGGUCAGCGCAUCAUGGAGGAGCUGGUACCUUCGUCAACCAAGGUCACACCUGCUGCAGCUUUGGCGCCUCCAUGCGAGCGCCCGUUCCUGGCGGUGCGGCAUUUGCUCGGUCUGCUGGAGCAAGGCAGCCGCACCGUCGAGAAGUGCUUUGCGGAGUGCGAGAGGGAUUUCAAAGUGGCUCUGCACGAGGAUAUGCAGACAAUCCUUGAGGCUUACCCACAGGCCUUCUCGGAGCAGCUUGCCGCCUACCAGGACGCGAUCAUGAAGGAGGUCACGGUGGGGCUCGUGACGGCUGGUUCUCCAAAGUCAACAGUGCCGGUAGAGGUCGAGAACAGUGAUGAUGACAAUGGUGCCGAAGAGGAUGAGUCGCCGCUCUGCCGGCCACGCGCAGAGGGGUCGUCGCUGUCGUUGCGCCCGCCAGUUGCGCCACCUUUGCUCGACGCCACACGGGCCGAGGAGGACGACGGUGUCUCGUCGGAGAGAGAGGAGCUGACGGGGGUGGAGGAUGCAGUGGAGGGCGAUGCCGUGAUUGGCGCCGCCGCACUGCGUCACGCCGCACCGCUUCCGGCGGAGGUGAAGGAGGUGACAUCGGUGCUGCGCCGCAUCGCCCACAUCUAUUCCUACCACCCCAAGAAGAACAUGUUCGAGGAUGCCUACUGGCGCGACUUCGCCAGGCGCUGCCUGCAUGCGCACCGCAAGCUGAACAGUACAGUUGAAAAUGCAUUCAUCUGCUUCCUGCGCGACAUCUGCGGCCUGUCCUUUACCUCUAAGUUUGAGGGAAUGCUGACUGACCUGACCUCGUCGGCGGAGCUGACGACGCAGUACAGCAUGUGGGUCCAGGAGCAGGAGCAGCCCUCCGGCGAGAAAGGCGGUGGUGCCGCGGCAAUGGGUCACUCCAUGUCGGGGACGAAGAGCCUUGAUGCACACCUGUUCAUCCUGACGAAGAGCUACUGGCCUGAGUACCCACCGAUGCCCAGCAGCUUCUACGUACCGCCUGCGGUGCAGGCCGUCACGCAGCAAGUGGAGAAGUUCUACACCGGCCUGUUCCCGAAUCGUCACCUCAGCUGGCAAUACCCCCUGAGCCACGCAACCCUGCUCACGCGACUCACACCGCAGAGCUCCGUGCUGACGCUCACUGGCACGUACACGCAGUGCGUGCUGCUGAUGCGCCUGGACGCUCUCUACGACCGUGGUGUCACCUCCAUUACAGCCAAGGCGCUGUGCGAUGCUGUUGGGAUGGACAUGGCCAACGCAGAGUUCUUGUGGUCGCUACAAGGACUGUGUCAUCCACGAUUCGCCCUUGUCCUGCGCAAGGGGGUCGGCUCGUUGGUUUCUGCAGCGGGAGGGGCGCAGUGCAAGUCUGUAGAGCUUGAUAACGAGGAUGACGAGAGCGGCGCGAGGGUCGAGGGUGUGGUGGGGACCUCUGCGUCGCCGCAGUCCGCCUCAUCCGGUGCCGCUGCAGGUGCGUCCGCCAGCUACGCGAUCACUGCCACAGACUCGCUGCAGCUGAAUCUGAGCUUCACGUCUGCCAAGAGCAAGGUGCGCAUUCCUCUUCAGACGCGUAUGCGCGCCAUGGCGUCGGUCGGCUUCGAUGGCCUCAGCCGCGGUGGACGCACCGCCGACAACGGCGGUCAUCUAGUGGAAGUGUCUAUCGUGAGCUGCCUAAAGGCGCAACGCACUGUGACGCGCGCAGACUUGGCGAGCGCUGUAGCAGCGCAAGUGCCAUUUCCGGUGACAACGGCGGUGCUGAAGAAGGCGAUUGACAAGAUGAUCGAGCGCGGUUUUAUGGUGCGUGGGAAGGACAGCACAUACGUUUACUCGGCAUAG